UGUACAGUUUGAAUGAACGACUUGCCGGUUAGGCGAGGGCUUGCUGCGGCAGCGCGACGCGGCGGCUGGUGACGCUGGAGAAGACGACAGGCCGCGGGUGGCGCCGGAGCAUAGUAGGGCGUACGGGUAGAGGCAGCAUCCAGGACGGGGCGGGCUAGAGUAGGUGGCGCCCGAUUGCCCAUGCCGCGAUGCGCCCAUGCAAGCCCACCGGCGGCGCCGGCUGCAUCGCCGCGCUCCUCGCCGGCGCCGGCACGCCGCUGGACGCACGCAUGGUCAAGACGGGCUUCGAUCCCGUCACCUACCGCCUCAACCUCCACCUACACUCCCUCAUCUCCUCGGGCCGCCUCGUCCGCGCCCGCGAGGUGUUCGACCGGAUGCCCCACAAGAACGCCUUCUCCCUCAACCGCAUGCUCUCCGGCUACUCCAGGUCCGGGGACCUCGCCGCCGCCGAGGCCCUCUUCCGUUCCGCGCAUUACCGCAACGCCGUUACCUGGACAGUCAUGAUGAGCGCGGUCGCCGCGGACGGGCGCGCCUCCGAUGCCCUCUCCCUCUUCCGCGACAUGCUCAGGGAGGGCGUCGCUCCUGACCGCGUCACUGUCUCCACCAUUCUUAAUGUGCCUGGCUGCGGUGUCGCGUCUCUCCAUCCCGUCGUCACCAAGCUCGGCCUCGACACCAACGUUGUCGUCUGCAACACGCUGCUCGACUCAUACUGCAAGCACGGGUUCCUUAUUGCUGGGCGGAGAGUGUUCCUCGAAAUGCCAGAGAGGGACUCCGUCACGUACAAUGCCAUGAUGAUGGGGUGCUCCAGGGAGGGCCUGCAUCGGGAGGCACUCGAGCUAUUUGCUGCUAUGCGUUGUGCAGGUCUUGAAGCCAGCCAGUUCACGUUCUCGAGCAUGCUGACCGUGGCAACAGGUAUGGGUGAUCUCCACCUUGGGAGUCAGAUCCAUGGUCUUGUUGCCAGAGCCACCUCAGCGCACAACGUCUUUGUCAACAACUCAUUGCUUGAUUUCUACUCGAAAUGUGAUUGCCUUGGUGAUUUGAAGCAGCUGUUCAAUGAGAUGCCAGAAAGGGACAAUGUUUCGUACAAUGUGAUGAUCGCAGCCUAUGCUUGGAACCGAUCUGCCGGUACGGUUCUGCAGCUAUUCAGCGAGAUGCAGACACUCGGUUUUGACAGGCGGGCCUUACCUUAUGCUAGUUUGCUGAGUGUAGCUGGGUCGUUGCCUGACAUCAAGAUUGGGAAGCAAAUACAUGCUCAAUUGGUCCUUCUUGGCCUUUCUUUGGAGGAUCUGGUAGGAAACGCCCUGAUUGACAUGUACUCAAAAUGCGGUAUGCUGGACGCUGCAAAGAUUAAUUUUGCAAACAAAAGUGACAAAACUGCCAUUUCCUGGACCGCAUUGAUAACUGGGAAUGUCCAGAAUGGACAACAUGAGGAAGCAUUGCAAUUAUUCUGUGACAUGAGAAGAGCUGGUCUAAAUCCUGAUAGGGCGACAUGUUCAAGCAUCAUGAAGGCUUCCUCAAGCUUGGCUAUGAUUGGGAUAGGAAGGCAAUUGCAUUCUUACCUCAUAAAAUCUGGCCACAUGUCCAGCGUGUUCUCAGGUAGUGCCCUUCUUGACAUGUAUGCAAAGUGUGGCUGUUUGGAUGAAGCCCUCAGAACAUUUGAUGAGAUGCCUGAGAAGAAUCCCAUCACAUGGAACGCUGUUAUUUCAGCCUAUGCACACUAUGGACAAGCAAAGAAUGCCAUCAGGAUGUUUGAAAGCAUGCUUCACUGUGGUCUUCAUCCAGAUUCAGUCACCUUCUUGAGUGUACUAGCAGCCUGCAGUCACAAUGGUCUUGCGGAAGAAUGCAUUAAAUACUUUGACUUGAUGAAACAUUAUUAUAGCAUAUCACCCUGGAAGGAACACUAUUCUUGCGUUAUCGAUACUUUGGGUCGUGCAGGCUGUUUUGAUGAAGUUCAGAAAGUGUUGGACGAGAUGCCGUUUGAGGCUGAUCCAAUAAUAUGGAGCUCCAUUCUUCACUCAUGUAGGAUCCAUGGAAACAAGGAUUUAGCUACAGUUGUAGCUGACAAAUUGUUCACUAUGAUGCCCACAGACGCGACACCCUAUGUCAUACUGUCCAACAUAUAUGCUAAAGCUAGUCAGUGGGAAGAUGCUGCACGUGUGAAAAAGAUUAUGAGAGAUAAAGGAGUUCGGAAAGAGUCGGCUAACAGUUGGGUUGAAAUCAAGCAAAAGAUCUACAGCUUUUCUUCAAAUGAUCAAACCAACCCAAUGAUAGCUGAGAUUAAAGAAGAGCUUGAGAGGUUGUACAAAGAGAUGGAUAAACGAGGCUAUGAGCCUGACACUAGCUGUGCCUUGCAUCUGGUGGAUGAUGAGCUAAAGUUGGAGUCACUAAAAUACCACAGUGAGAGAUUGGCCAUUGCAUUUGCUCUGAUUAACACCCCACCUGGGACACCAAUUAGGGUUAUGAAGAAUCUGACUGCCUGCCUAGACUGCCAUGCUGCCAUCAAGAUGAUAUCAAAGAUUGUGAACAGAGACAUUAUUGUAAGAGAUUCACGCAGGUUUCACCAUUUCAAGGAUGGAGUUUGCUCUUGUGGAGACUACUGGUAGUACCUUGGCUAGCUGAAUAUGCACACUUAAUAUGUUGAUUAACAACCGAAGUCAACAGGAGCACAUAUGUCAGAACUGAAGACGCCCCUGAAUUAUUUGCUGUUGAAACUUGAGGCAUGAUAACUGUGCCAUUCGGCUCAGUUGUGGUUGGCAUAUUCGAAGUGAACGAAUGUAUGCUAUCAAAAUGCUAUCUGAAUCCCGUUGCGGAUCUGACAGGUAACUGCCUUCCAUUUUGCAGAUAUACUUUCAGCUAUGAUUGUUCUUUUUUUCUUGAAAAUGAUGCGUUCCACUGGAAAUCUUUGAUGAGGGAGCUUCUAUUGACACAUGAACUGGAAGCACAAGUAGUUUGUA